UCCCUAUCAACCUAUUUUAUGAAAGUUCAGGCAUCCAGGAUACUUAUCUUGCAAAGGUUACAGGCCUUUUGGAUAGGAAAAAUAUUCUGAUAACGUCUACUUCGCCAGUCCAACGCCAUGGCAAAACCUGCAUUUUACGAUCCCGACUCACCCAAUGAAAAGUUUACUCCCCUGCCUUGGGCCCCGCUCGUUACCUUGAGCGAGAAUGCGGUUCUUCAACCGCCUUUGACUCGUCGCGGAACAGGCCCCGGGAUGAUUAUUUUCUUACCUCCGGUGUCAGCAUUCGAAAUCAGUACCGAAGUUGAUAAGACACUGGAUCCGGAACCGGUGCAAAAAUGGGCAGAAGAAGGUUUCGCUGUUGUUGGGGUCACUCCAUCUGCUUUGGGCUGGUCUAUCGAAGAAAGUCUAGCAAAGGGUGUAGAUGCCCUGCUGAAUCUGAAAGAACUUGACAUUAGGGACAAGUUUGCUGUUACUAUCUACUAUCCUGAUAUACUUCCCAGAGUUCUUGACGCAAUAUCUACGGAUACGCGCAUUUCAUGUAUUGUCUCAUUUGGUGCUGCAGUGGAAGUGACGUCUACCAUUCCCAUAACAUUCCACGUACCAUCAUCACAUGAAGCACCUGAAGCCACGGCGUCCACUUCAGUCUACAAAUACACGACUCCAUCUCCAUACUUUGUUCUGCCCCAAGCUGAGGGUUACAAACCAACAUUCGCUUCUAUUGUGCAUACACGAAACGUCGUCUUUCUCAGGAAGCGUAUUGGCGGGCCCUAUUUCGAUAUCGAGGCAAUUUGGGAUGAGCAUGUGUAUUUCGAGUUCGAAAUCCGAAGUGUGUCCCAAACUAUGGGAACAAUGGUGCAAGAGCCCUACGUCAACCAUGUACCCACUAUGACUGGCGGUAUUGGCCGGCAGAAUUUGACCGCGUUUUAUCGAGAUCAUUUCAUCUUUGCUAACCCGGCCGAUACUGACCUUGAAACCGUUUCGCGAACCGUCGGUCCUGAUCGCAUUGUUGAGGAAUUCAUCUUCAAAUGCACCCAUGACAAGACCAUUGAUUGGCUUCUACCUGCUGUUCCUCCGACAGGGAAAAAGCUAGAGAUUCCCAUGCUGGGCGUCGUGAACGUACGCGGCGACCGACUAUACCACGAACACAUUUGGUGGGAUCAGGGAACAGCUUUAUUACAGGCAGGGCUUAUCCCUGCGCAAGUUCCAUUUCCCCUCGAAGGCGGAAAUCAGAUGCUUCGUCUUCCUGUCGCAGGACAGGAAUGUUCGAGACUACUGGUCAAUGAAAGAGACGGGAAAAGUAACGAAAUGUUCGAGUGGGGUAUCCAGAAGUAAAUAUGAAUAAGAAUUGUAUCAAUACUAUUGCGC